AUGCAGCUCUCGAUUUUGACUGUGAUUAUCCCCGCUCUCGCAGCGUUCGCGAGUGCUGCCCCCUCUGACAAGCGUCAAAUCACCUCUGUCUCGAUCACAUUCUAUACCCCUGGUGGUGAAAAAUGGUCCCAGACCUUCCCAACCGAUAUGAGCUCGCAUGAAGUUGAAAUCAAGAAGACGGUUUCUCAUAUCUACAACCCUGGUGGAGCGUAUUGCGGAUUUAGUGGUGCUCAGGGAGAGAGGGUGGAUGUCCCAAUUGGGGACCAUAAGUUGGAGACUCCCCAGAAGUUGACAACGGGAAUGUGUGCUCAUCUCUAG